CGAACAAAAAAAAAACACUAGCGAAGAAUCAUUAUCAGAAAAUAAUGAACCCAAUCUAUUGGAAGAAAAAUAUUAUGCUACUCAGCUAAAAAAAGCUUUUGAUGAUUUGAUGGAUCUUCAUUCUUUAUUGGACAAAAAUUUUAUUUCUUAUCUUACUACCUUUGUUAUCUCUUUUACAGUUAGUGUUGUGUUUUCAGUUGCAGAUAAAGAUAGUAUGGCAUCAUUAAGUAGCAAAAUUCUUUCAAUUUCUAUAUCUGGGAUAGGAAGCCUUUUAAUUCUUUUUGCAAACAUAGUGUUGCUUAAAGAUCUUUUUACUAGAAACAAAUUAGAUAACGAACAAGCAAACAAGCCAGAUACUGUUGAUAAAUUGAACAAAGAAGAACAAGCAAACAAACCAGAUAUUAAAAUUAUAAAACUAUUUAGAGAAUUUGCAACACUGUAUGAAAAAAACUUAGAAUAUAACAGAGAGGUGAUUCGUGAUAUAAUGAAAUCUAAAUCGAAUUCAAAAAGAAAGGUUACUUUUGAAGUUGAAGACUAUGUCAAGGUUCCAGUUCCAAAAAUUGAUCGAUCUAAUACUGAACGGAAAUUUACCCU